AUGAAUGUAAGACUAAAUCAAGUGAAAACAAAUGCAUGCGAAUUCGCAGCUAUUUUCGAGAAUGCAUUUGAUCAAUUUAAUAUUAUCUACCAAUCGUUAUCUAUAAAUGAUUUCAAUAAAAAUAGUAAUCACUAUGAAAUAGCUGAUAUAAAUUUGAAUAAUAUCAAUCCAUAUUCUUCCAUAUCUCAAAAUUCUAAUUGUAGACCAUUUACAAUGCAUGAACAGGAUAAACUUCGUUAUGAACUUGAAUAUUUCUUUCAUAUUUUUACAUUAUUGUUUCGUGCUACAGUUCUUGGUUCUCCAACAGAGUUUUUAACAUCUAUCAAUAGUAUAAAUAAUAAUCUUCUUUCAAUACAAUUAAUUGAAUUAAAUAAUCGUUACAAAAAAUCUCAAGAUAAAAUUAAUAAAUUAUCUAACAUGAAAAGUUAUUUUCAUACUGAAAAAUCUCAAGAAUUGAACGCACUGAUAUCAAUGAAAUCUCAAUUAAAAGAUCGAUUGAUGGAGGAAAACUAUCGUUCGAAAGUUUUAUCAUGUUAUUGUAAUGAUUGGAAAAGAUAUCAUAUUUCACAGUGGAUAGAAAUGCUACAUGAGAUUGAACAAAACUAUACAAAAUCGAUGAAUGAUAAUGAAAAUAUUCUCGAGCAAAUUGGCAUAGCUCAUAAAGAGACAAUCAAAAUUUUAACCAAACAGACGGAUGAAAUGAAAUUAAACGCAAAUAAAUGCUAUGAAUAUUAUCGAAAUAAAACAAAUGAUUUUGUAAAAGAAUUAACGAAUCUUCGACAGGAACUCUAUCACGUAAAAAGACAACGACAGCAUUCAUGUGAAGAAUAUCACCGAAUGAAAAUAAUUGUUGAUGAAUAUAAUCAAUUGAAAAUGAAUGAAAAUUUACUUUUAGAAAAACGAAAGCAACAAAAAGAAGCUAUUCAACGUAUUCAAACUUGGUGGCGAGGAACAAUGGCUCGUCGUGUAAAACGAAAAAGAAGAAAAAAAAGACAAAAUGAUGUAUUGUAA